AGGCCUGUCCGACACCGCGCUUCUGCGCGCGCCUGCUUUUCCCGCGCCAUCGUUCGCGUCACACACAACGUGCGCAGCGACGUAAACACCGGUGCCGUGCGCGUGCUGGCAGCCGGCGACUCGGAUUGUGUGUGCGUGGACGGUGUGGUACGAGUCGUCUUUCCCCGUCCAUUCUUUCUGCGCGCUGCUCUCUCUCACUCGAACGCGAGCCGACUGGCGGAGAAGGAGGUCGGACCAGGCCCAGCCCUCGCCGGCGUAACCGUCGCCGGCCACCGACAGGCAGGUUAUCGUCGCGCGUGUUGUGAGCGCGGCGAUCUGCGGCGUGCGACGGUGUGUGAGUGCGCGCGUGUAUGGUGUGUCCGUACGCGCGCGGAGGGCCUCCUUCCUCAAGCCGUCGACGGCGCCGUCGGCAUCUGCGGCGGCAGCAGCAGCAGCUCUGCUCCGAGUGUUUGAUUUAGCAGUGCAGUGCUACGCGGGCGACCGGAAACUACGUCAGCUAUCGCCAGCCGCCGUCUCGCCUUCCGAUAGCGACGGGAGGACGGACCCAUGGCGUUGGCUCUCGCCGGAGUGCCGCCGACGCAACGACUGUCCGAGACUGCGACGACCGCUCCCCGUGCGACGACGCUGGACUCGGUCGCUGCGAGGACCACCCGAGCGCUCCUCCUGAGGCUGUUGGUGCUGCCGCCGCUGCCGCCGCCUCUACAACCAUGAGGUUCCUGCGCCGGCUACGGAUGAGCGAUGGGCGGCGAAGUCAAGUGGUCCUCCUGGAUGAGCGUCGCCUCGACAUUCUCAUUCAGCCAAGGCUGUAUGCCUGCGACCUCCUUGAUAUGGUGGCCUCCCACUUCAACCUCAAGGAGAAGGAGUACUUUGGCCUGGCAUUUCUCGAUGAAACGGGCCAUUACCAUUGGCUGCAGCUCGACAAGCGGGUUCUUGAGCAUGACCUGCCCAAGAAGUCGUCUCAGGGUUCCUUGGUGCUCUACUUUCUGGUCAAGUACUAUGUGGAAAGCAUUUCUUUGCUGAAAGAUAGCGCCACUGUAGAAGCAUUUUAUCUUCAGUGCAAAUCGCUCAUUGCCAAGGGUGCAUUGGAAGCGGAUUCCGAAACAGUGUUUCAGCUUGCUGCUCUAGUCCUUCAAGCAACAUAUGGGAACUAUGUUGAUGAUCAAACCACAAAAACGCAACUCAAGAAGCUUCCUGUUCUUCCUACCAGUGCACUCAAAGCCCACCCGUCCAUCUCCUACUGUGAAGGCAAAGUCAUCGAACAUUAUCAGGAACUGGCAGGACGCUCAAGAGGUUCAGCCAUUAUUGCAUACAUGAACCUUGUAGAAAACCUGCCAACAUAUGGUAUUCAUUUUUAUGAAGUUAAAGACAAAGGAGGCAUUCCUUGGUGGGUUGGUCUCAGCUAUAAAGGGGUCAGUCAAUAUGACUAUAAUGACAAGAAGACACCAAGAAGGUUCUUUCAGUGGAAACUUCUGGAGAACCUUUAUUUUCGGGACAAAAAAUUCUCAAUAGAAGUUCACAACCCGAGAAGAGUGGUCCAUGCCCUGAGCAGUUUCAAUGUGUACGAGGAUGUGAUAGAGGCACCCCCUGAAGGGUUCGAUCCUCUGGCUGAUGCCAUUAGCGAUUCCACAACCCAGGUGUCUGUAAGCAGGAGAACUUUUGGGCCUGGAAAUGUGACGGUGGUUGUUUGGUUUGCGGCUACGCCUGCCCUGACCAAGAGCAUUUGGUCAAUGGCCAUAGCCCAGCAUCAGUUCUACUUGGACAACAAUGUUGGCAAGAGGAAGAUUGAAGACUUAAGUUGCCUGGAAAAGUUUGCUGCCGAGCUGUCUAAAAGCUCCCAGUCUUUAUCAUCAGCCAGCACAGGAUCCAACCUGAGCAGAAGUGCAAGUUGUCAUAGUCUUCCUGCCAUCAAAAUUGAAGACCAGACAGACCACCAGAAAGUGAAUGAAGAGGCCGAGCGGGCAAAGCAGGAGAUGCUGACAGCACUCAAGGCUCGCAAGGAGGCCUUGGAGGAGGCGCUGCGAAAGAAGAUUGAGGAGCUGAAGUCUGUGUGCCUCAAGGAGGGCGAAGUGACGGGCGAGCUGCCUCCAGAGAUGCCCCUAGAGCCUGGGGAGCCUCCUCCGCAGGUGCGUCGGCGUGUCGGCACAGCCUUCAUCCUUGAUGACCAGCUGCUGUCCAAUGCGAAGAGCAAGGAGGAGACACUAAGCUCACUGGAGCUGGAGUAUGAGCUGCAGAACAAGAUAACAAGUGCUGCUCUGAGGUUGGCCAGUGACAUGAGUGCAGACAGGAGCCUGAGGAGGCAGCGAAAGUUGUGCUAUCAGCAGGCACAUGAAAAGCUCAAGCAAGUUGAAGAAAAACUGGGAACGCUAAAAAAGCAGAAGAAUUGUGGUAAACUCAAACCUGUGCAGCAGUCUGAUGAUGAACCAAGUGAGGACAACAUCAGCCAGAGCACUGCGGGCAGUGACACUCCAUUUAGAGGAAGCAGCAAUACAUCAGAUGUCAGCCCCACAGCAUCGCCGAAGCUGGGCAGCUAUGGCGGCCUCUUAACAGAGAAACGUGGCCGCCUUCCUACGGUCAGCUCGGUGCCCGCUGACAUGCGGCUUUCACCAUCACUGGCCUCUGUCUCUGCGCCAGCCAGCCCCUGCAAACAUCGGGUGGCUCCUGUCAGGACUGCGUCCCCCGGUGCGGUCUGGACCGGCUAUGGCUCCGGCUAUGCCCCCAGCAAUAUUUACCAGACGAGAACUGCAUACCGCCGCCAGCAGUACCCAACGCUCACCAGCUCGGGUUCAGCAGGCUCCAGUCCAGUACCGCUCAAGUCUCCGUACAGAGACAGGUUUGAGUCAGGGGUGAGUUUGGAAGGGAGCAAUCUUUACAGCGUGCCAACACAAAGGACCAGCCAGGCAUUUGACAGCCAAGACGAUCUUAUGACAAGCAGUCCUACAGAACCCCAGGACCUGGGGUUGGUGUCCAGGCAUAACAGCCUGGAAGGCAACCGACGACAUCACCGUCGUGUUGCUGGCACCUCAUUGCAGCCAGCGUCCCCCACCAAACGUGACUCAGCAACGCCUCCCAAGUCAACUGCUCCAGUCUGGACUGGCCCUUCCUUCGCCCCUCCUGCCUGUCCACCGGGACAGUGUGCACCAGUGCAGUGUGCACCAUUACAGUGUGUGCCAGGGCAGUGUGCACCAGGGCAGUGUGCCCCAGUACAGUGUUCACCAGGGCAGUGUGCCCCAGUACAGUGUUCACCAGGGCAGUGUGUGCCAGGGCAGUGUGUGCCAGGGCAGUGUGCGCCACGGCAGUGUGCGCCACGGCAGUGUGCGCCAGGACAGUGUGCGCCAGGACAGUGUGUGCCAGGGCAGUGUGCACUAGGGCAGUGUGCAACAGUGCAGUUUACUCCUGGCCAGUGUACACCAAUGCAGUGUACUCCUGGGCAUUCUGCACCAGCUCAAUGCUCUCCAGCUCACUACAUGCAAGGUCAGUGCACACCGAUGCAGUGUGCACAGAUAGAGAGAGUUGAAAGCCACCCCCGCCUCCCACCACACAUCCAGCAGCAGUAUCGCACAGCAUCGCCACUGCAGCAGCGGCGGACAAUCUCUGGCUCACUGUCCUACCCUGAAAGCUUUCCACCACCACCGAGCCCCAUAGUCGGGGGAAACCACCACCCUGUCAAGUCUCACUCAUACCAUGAAAACAUGGUGCGGCACAUUGACGAUUGUGGAGUGCCUGUGUUUGUUCCUGUGGACAGCGAUGGAAGACUGCGCUACCAAGAAGCAGUGCACCGUCCCACCGAUCCUGGUCCAGUGUACCACAAGCCACCAAUGUCGCCAGCCCUCAUUCAACACCACCUUGCCCACCGAAAGAAGCUGCAGGAGGUGUGUGGUGACAACUUUCCGAGUAGGCCGUUGUCUAGCAUGUCUGCCGCCAACUACCCAGUGUUACAGCGGGUUCAUCCAGACCCUUACCACAGUCAGCCCACCAGCCCGACUGGCUAUAAUGCAGCUCACAGUGCAAAGCUAGAGACACUACAAGAGGGACACAGUGGCUCUUACAGCAACCACACUGCAUCAGUGACCGUGUCUUCCUCGAGGGCAUUUGCUUCAGUCACUCAGUCGUAUAGUACUGAAACCCUGAAGCAUCGUGCCAAGGACUGGGUGGAGACGUCUCUUGACUCCCCUCUUCCGGCAAGGAAGCCGUCGAAACAACAGGAGCCACCCCCUUCAUCACCUUCUCACAUCUCGGUAUUGUCAUCAGGCAGUGAAAGCUUGCCUGAGGCAGUCCAGGGCCCUGUAGGCAUGUUGUCCCGUCACAACAGCUGUCGAGAAGGCAGAGUGGCGGUCGAAAGCCCGCAGCUUGAAAGGGACAAGAUUUGUUCUCCAGUGCCUCAGCCAAGCCCAAAAACGAUGCCAGGUGUCGAGCUGAACAUUGUCACAGUGGGGCACUUUCAACCUUACUGGGAAGAGACUAAGCCUUAUGAGAUCUCGGACUUCUACAAGUACAGCACAAAGCAUCGUAAACCAUCGGGAAGCCAGGACUCGACAAGAAGCCCGAGCCAGUCUGGCAACUCGAGUGGCCUUGUAUCUCCAGUGCUCAUGUCUCCUCUUGCUGCUGAUAAUGUGUCUAGGGAGAGGGAUGAACAGCUACCCGCUCAUUCCUCACUAGCUGAACACAUGAAAAUGGUGGAAAGAAGUCCUCCAGAUGGAAUGGCUGCUGUUGAGGAACCGCAUACCAGCCGUAGUGCAGACAGCAGUUUGAACCUGGACAGAUCAUCAGUUGCAGAUGCCUUUCAUGAGGAAAUGAUUGCGUGGUAUGAGGACCAAGACUCUGGCAAUAAAGCAACACUUGUGUGAAUGGAAUUGCACAUAGAUAAUUCAGGUGCUAUAGAACAAGGAAAUAUUCAUCAUUAUAUAACUGGACCUUGGAAGCAAGAGUUUUAUAGAAGACAAUGUACAUAAUUGUUUUUAAUUGUGUUCUGCAAAGUAUUUAUUGCCAGCAUCAUCAUUUUAUACAAAUAAAUUUUAUAUUCUUUUUAAA